AUGACCGAAUUCCGUUGUACUGCAGCCGUUUGGCUUUACUACAAGGUUCAGGUUGACGCAAUCCACGAGACAUCCUCCGUCGCUUCGAGUGAAAAUGGGCUGAGCUUUCCUCUAUCAUCAGAGCUGGAACUCAUUAUUGUACAUCCACUCAUCAGUACUCGCAGGCCAACCAGUAAGCCCUCUGGCUCCAUGAAUUUGGCCGCUCUGGCGGCAGCAGGGGGGCUGGUACCUGGAGGCAAUGGCAGUUUAUCCUGCUCGACUAAUGGGGCCAGUGGUGGAUCUUCUGGCUCCUGUGGGGCUGGAGGCGUUCAUUUAGUCAACCACCUUAGUCAGGCAUCUGGAGGAAUCGGAAUCGGUUCUGGUGGUACCGGUUCUACUAAUUCAUUUGUUUCUUCUAACAGCACUGGAGCUGCUUCUAUGUCACUUCUUUCGACAACCACUGGAAUGGCUUCUGGGACUGGCCUUUCAGGACCCCGGAAACCCGGUGGUCGGAAUAGGGAUAGGGCUAAAUCUCGCAAGUGA